AUGAGCUAUGUCGAAGGCCCCAGAGAUCCGCCUUUGCUCUCACAUACAAUUCCACAGCACUUCAAGACUAUGAUAUCUAAAUAUGGAGAUCGAGCCGCCGUGAUAGCGAGGAGCCCCGUGAUAGGCGGUGCUAUAACCCCCCCAACAACAGCCAUGCAGGGCUUGACGACUACCCUGACAUAUGCUCGGGUGGACUGCCUAUCUAACAUUGUCGCUAAUUCUCUUCGAUUGCUAGGUGUGAAGAAGGGUGACCGUGUAGCUGUGAGCCUUGGUAACGUAGCCGAGUCCGUGGUGAUAACCUACGCCAUCUUCAAGCUCGGCGCCAUAUGGGUACCUCUCAACCCAAGUUUCAACUCGGCCCAGCUAGGCGCCGCGCUUUCACACCUAGGUGUCGAGGUUCUCAUCAUAGGCGCCGUGACGGAUCUCGCUUAUAAGCCUGGCCGCGGCCGCAGCAAUCUCGACCUGCUUUCCUCGCUGAUUCCAGGCUUGACAGGCGAGAAGAAGAAAGGAAAGGGGGACAAGCUCGAGUCCGACGUCGUGCCGUCACUGAAGACCGUGGUUGUGGUGGACAACUCUGCCGAGCAUCCGCAGUCGGGUUUCCCGCCCUUGAGUGAGCUGACUGUCCUUACGCCGUACACGAAGCUUCUGGAAGAGUCGUCGCAGCGGGUUAUCCCGGACUCGCCUCUGUCACCAGACGAGACGAUCAACAUCCAAUUCACCUCUGGUACGACGUCUGUGCCGAAAGCGGCCAUGUUGAGCCACACAAACGUGCUGAACAACGGCCGCUUGAUCGCGUCGCGUAUGGGACUCGAGCCAUCAGAUCUGAUUGUCUGUCCACCACCUCUAUUUCACUGUUUCGGCUGCGUCCUCGGGCUCAUGGCAACAGCCACCACAGGCGCAGCGAUCCUCUUUCCGUCCCCGGCCUUUGACCCAGCGGCCACGUUGCACAUGAUCUCUGAACACCACGCCACCGGCCUAUAUGGCGUCGCCACUAUGUUCGUCGCUGAGCUCGAGCUCCUCUCAGACCCAGCCUUCGCCUCCCAAUUACGACCAGACGCCCUCAGAAAUCUGCGCAAGGGUAUCGCGGCGGGGUCCUCGGUCCCGGAGUCCCUCAUGCGCCGUCUCUUUGACAACUUGGGAUUGCGAGACCUCGUUAUUUGUUACGGCAUGACGGAGACGAGCCCGGUAUCCUGCAUGACGACGCCACAUGAUCCUUUCGAGAAGCGCACCCAGUCUAUCGGACGUGUGAUGCCGCACACGGCUGUCAAGAUUGUUGCGCCGGGGGACCGUAGCCGGAUUCUGCCGCGUGGCGAGAAGGGCGAGCUCGCUACCAGCGGAUACCUUGUCAUGAAAGGGUAUUACGGCGACCCGGAGCGCACGGCUGAGGACCGCAUUGUUGAUGAGGAGGGGAGGGUGUGGAUGUAUAGUGGCGAUGAAGCGUGCAUAGACGAUGAUGGAUAUGUUGAGAUCACCGGGCGAAUCAAAGAUCUCAUCAUCCGCGGCGGCGAGAAUAUCCAUCCCCUUGAGAUCGAGAACUGCCUGUUUCAGCUCCAGGGCGUCCAAGAGGUCAGCGUCGUCGGGGUUCCUGACCAGCGCCACGGCGAGGCUGUUGCGGCUUUCGUCGUCCCGCAUAAAGGCGUGCGGAUGAUGGAUGCAGAUGGCUUCGUGAAAGCCGGCAAAGCUGUGCGCACCACUCCCCCUGCUACUUCCCUCGACCACACCGCCGAUGGAGCAGAAACGCUGGACAAGCAGGGGAUACAAGAGUGGGUGAAGACGAAACUGUCCGGCCACCUCGCGCCUAAGUACGUCUUCUGGAUCGACGAGUACCCCAAGACGGCCAGCGGGAAAAUCCAGAAGUUCAAACUGAGGGAUCUAGCUAAGGAGAUGGUUUCGGCGCAGUCGUAA